GUCACAGAUUUUGCAGAUGCCAUUGGAGAGGGCCGAGGAAUUAUCAAGGCUGUCAACAUCGUCGCUCCAGGCCGCCCGCUCGCCGACCACCACCUACAUCGUUUUGCACCGGGCGGGCUCGACGAACACGGCCUGUUCCAGACGAUCGGCUCCCAGGCACGCUACCUACGCACAGGCCGCGUCGCGAUGGCAUGGGCGACUUCGAAUAUCACCUUGCAGGCCAGCCCAGCCCCCAACCUCGACCUGAGCGUUGACGAGAUCGAGGGCGCCCCAGGCAUGCCAUCAGCGACCUGGCCAUUCUGGGCGCGCUACAUCGCGCGCGACGGGAGGAAGCUGCUCAACCUCAUUAGAGAUC